UUCUUUGCCAAGAGCAAAAGGCGACGUUUUUUGAUUUUCGUGUUAUAAAUCGACAAAAAGGAAUAAUUGGGCUUCAAAAUUCGCCCCAUAUAGUGAGCAAAGGGCGAAUGUGAAACUAUAGAUUGUAUUUGGAGUUGGAGAAAGCUGAAAUUAGUGAAAUUGGUUGGAGCAAUUGCAAGAAAGGAAGCAGUCCGCAAUAGCAGAGGCAGCGGAAGAAGAAGAAACACCCGUCUGCAGCUAUUGUGAGCAACGUCAGCGUCGCGGCUGAGGCAGUUCAGCGCCCCAACCCCGACCCCGACCCCGGAAAGUCAAAUGUGAAAAGAUGGCGACGAGUCGCACUAGUCGCAUACAGCAAACGAAGAAUAUAAAUUCGUUCUUCUCCAAAAUACAAGGUGCGUUCUCCGAAGCAUGUACACAGCAGCGGUUAUCCACUGAUAAGAAAACGUUAGAGAAAACAUGGAAGUUAAUGGACAAAGUUGUAAAGCUGUGUCAGCAGCCCAAAAUGAAUUUAAAAAAUAGUCCCCCCUUCAUAUUGGACAUACUGCCCGACACGUAUCAGCGAUUGCGUCUCAUAUACUCGAAGAAUGAGGAUCAGAUGCAUGUCUUACAUGCCAAUGAACACUUCAAUGUUUUCAUUAACAACCUGAUGCGCAAGUGCAAACAGGCCAUCAAAUUGUUUAAGGAAGGAAAGGAGAAAAUGUUUGAUGAGAACUCACAUUAUCGAAGAAACUUGACUAAGCUUAGUUUAGUUUUUUCGCACAUGCUUAGCGAACUGAAGGCGAUAUUCCCUAAUGGAGUAUUUGCCGGUGAUCAAUUUCGAAUUACAAAGGCAGAUGCUGCUGAGUUUUGGAAGCUCAACUUUGGAAACAGUACUUUGGUCCCAUGGAAAAUCUUUCGACAAGAGUUGAACAAAGUACAUCCUAUAUCAUCUGGUCUAGAAGCAAUGGCCCUAAAAACCACAAUAGAUUUAACGUGCAACGAUUAUAUUUCAAAUUUUGAAUUUGACGUGUUUACGAGACUCUUUCAACCGUGGGUAACGCUGCUACGUAAUUGGCAAAUAUUGGCUGUCACACACCCUGGAUAUGUAGCGUUUCUGACUUACGACGAAGUUAAAGCGCGAUUGCAGCGUUACAUCCACAAGGCUGGUAGCUAUGUGUUCAGAUUAUCAUGUACUCGCCUCGGGCAGUGGGCGAUAGGGUACGUUACCGCCGAUGGUGAAAUAUUGCAAACCAUACCGCAAAACAAAUCAUUGUGUCAAGCAUUGUUAGAUGGUCACAGGGAGGGGUUUUAUUUGUACCCGGAUGGUCAAGCUUGUAACCCCGAUCUAUCAUCGGCAGUGCAGAGUCCUACGGAAGAUCAUAUUACAGUUACACAAGAACAAUAUGAGCUAUACUGCGAAAUGGGUAGCACAUUUCAAUUGUGUAAAAUAUGUGCGGAGAAUGAUAAGGAUAUCCGCAUUGAGCCUUGCGGGCAUCUACUAUGCACGCCGUGCCUCACAUCUUGGCAAGUCGACUCAGAAGGACAGGGUUGUCCGUUCUGCCGUGCUGAAAUCAAGGGCACCGAACAAAUUGUAGUGGAUGCUUUCGAUCCGCGAAAACAGCACAACCGAAAUUCGACGAAUGGCCGUCAUCAAAAUACCGACGAUGACGAUACAGAGGUAUAAAUAAUAAGUAGCUUAUUCUAGAUUUUUUAACGCGCAUCGCAAGUAACCCAACCAAAAUAUAAAAAAUUUCAAACAACCAAUCGGCGUGAAAAGUUAAAAUCGAUAGUAAACGAAUUUACCCGGUCUGUAGUACUAACACUAAAUUUGGCGUAAAUGGCGUACAUGACAAUGAAUUUAACUGAACUUACUACUGCUAUUUAUGAGUUUCAUUAGUUCGUAUGUGAUCUCAAACGAGAAAAGAGCAUGAAGUUUAAUUAAAAGUACCAAUUGAUUAUUUUUUGUUGCACUAAAAUUUAUAAUGUGAUCAAAAUCUAUGUAAAAGGUACUAAAAAAAAUUUAUAAAAUCCACAAAACUUCCUCAGAGUUUCUAAUUCCAAAAGGUGUGAUUGGUUGUUUGUUAUUCUUGUUGGUAGUUAUCUUGAGAGGGAGGCAUAGUUUUGUUUGAUCAAAUGAAACACACAAACCUUUUUAUAAACCUUUCUGUAAAUAGUUGCUGUAUUAUCUAUUUAUUAUACACUCAUACAUAUACACACUAAAUGCGCCCAUACAAAUUUCACAUUAUUAUUUAUUAUUGUUUAGUUAGCUCGUAUUUAACAAUGUUUAUCUGUUAAGUUGAAGUUUUUUUGAUUUGAACUAUGAAUGUUUACGUGCUAUUAUACACAUGCAUAUUUAUUCCAAAAUAUAUAUUUUAUGUAAGAAUGUAAAAGUGCUCUAUCUAAACAAAAACAUAAUUUUUUUCACGAAGGCAUUUGUGGUUUAAAUGCGUUAAAUGGAUUAAGAUGCUUCAAAUUGUAUAAAGCAAAUAAUUCUAAAAUCUGCAGUUUGAUUUGCAUAAUUAAUUUUGCAUUAAGUAUAUUUGAUCCUUUUAGUGCUAGUGUUAACUAACAUUCCUGAGAACGACACUUGAAUAAAUAAUCGAAAAUAUAUCUAUAUCAUAUUUUUUAUGGUUAUCAAAUAUCCAGCAAAAAACUUUCUGAUCGCAGAAGUGAACAUGGAAUGGUGAAAAAAUAAAUCAAUCCCUUUGCUAUCAUUUCUUUCGUAUAUUGAUUUAACAUGGCCAUAUCUUUGAUGGUAAUACCAAUGAAUAAAAAAGAAGCAAAAAAUAUAUCUUCAUUCCAUUGCCUUUGGAAGCGCUGCUAUAUUUUUGCUGGGUAGCUACAGAUAUACUUAUUUGUACAAAUCUAUUUGUCAGUAAAUUAUUGACAUCUUAAAAAUAAGAUUUUUAGAUUGAAAAUAGACCGCCAUCAAGCACUAAAACUGCUUCUACAUUGCUUUUUUGAAAACAUGCUCUUAAAUAAUGUAAUGAAACAUGAAGUAAAAAAAUGCUUACAAAAAGCAUUAAGCCUCGUUGCACAAAAGGAUCAAGUGUACUUUUUGAAUCAACCAAAAUUGUUUAAAUUAUGCAAAAAUAACGGUUCUAAUUAAAAAAGAAAAUCAGUUAUAUUGGUCCAAAUUUGCCUAAUAAAAUAUACAUAUAUUACACUCGUUUUACAAGUUUUCAGACGUUUAGCCAAGAAACCCCUGUUAUUUUUUAUUUUAAUUUUUUGUUUGAUCUAGUUUUAUUUUUUAUGAACAAACCUCCAAAGAUAAAUAAGUAGCAAUUAAUUUACGAUACAUACAUAUUCAUAUUUUAAUGUUAUGCUGCAAAAGGAAUUACGAACAAAUAUAAGUAUGAGUCGUUCGUUGAGCAUUGGCAGCGAAAAAUUUUGAUUCAGAAAUCAUUACUCUACAUAUAAUCCUUUUGUAGAUAUACUUAUCUUUCAAGAUUUGCAUGCUAGGCAUAUCGUACUCCCUUCUAAUUUGCAUACUUUAAUGUACGUUUCAUUUAUAGGUACAUAUUAUGUACGUAUUUACACACAUAUACAUACUUAUAUGUAUAUGUAUAUCAUACUAUUGUGAACAUUUCGCGUGUUUUUUCCUAAAAUUUUCUAUAAAGUUGUUAAAAUUAUUUUUGGAUAGUGUACACUCCGCUGCCAGUGUCCAACACUGUUUGGCUUAAAGUCUGUUAUUUAUGCAUUCAUUCUGCUAUUCUAAUACUUAGCUCUCGUUCUUGACACAAAAGAAUAUUCAAAUCAUGUGUAAAGUAAUUAAACGUACAUUCACAUUAUUGUAUGUACAUGCAUCGCAUAUAUUACCUAAGCAAUAUCUCUUUAACAGCAAUUAAUAAAUAGAACAUUCAUCAUCAAAGUAUAUACCGCCAAGUGUAUAGUUCGCUGCGUAAACAUUUUGCUAAUGCUGUUUAAGCAUAAUAACAAAUGAAACAAACAAAUAAGACUGUUAACCCCUUUUAUUUUAUUAAAUAUAUUUCUGUUUUUUUUUUAGAGAGAUACUCUUUCUUUGAGACAAACAAAGAAAAUAUUUGCUAGCUUGGAGUCAUACGAUGGAAACUUUAGAAAGUAAUUGGAUUUUUUCUGUUCAGUGAUCUCUUAAACUUUCUUAUAACUGCAAUACACAGCCCAUACAAUAAACUUUUCUUAAAAUGAUUUUGAGGGUCAUAUGUUUUAGUUCCGCAUCUCUACAAAAACGUUAACUUCAGGCUAGUUAUAUCGGUUUAUUUAGAGGCAAAAAUAAAUUAAUAUAUAAUGAGAAAUUCAUAUAAUGAGGAUUCCAAUUUUAAUCCGUAACUUCUUUUUAGCUCAAGAGCCAAAUAUGCACAUAUGUACAUACAUCGAUAUGUAUAUUGUGGUAUGCUGUAGAUCGCAGUGUCUACCUACAUUCAUACGUAUGUAAAAAUGUGUGUAUAAUUUAUUUAUUUAUUUUAUUUUUUCAAAUUAGCUGGUUAGCCGCAACAAAACAAUAUGAAGGCAAAAAUAUAUUGCCCCUUUGACUUUUCUGUUGCAAUAAUCGAUAGUCCGAUUUAUCGAAAUUCGAAUAGCUACGAACGUAGCAAAUACUUUCAAAACAUAUGUACGAUCGCAGCAAUUCGGGUUCAGUGAUUGCAUUUUCAUGGUACUCACAAAAAUUGGACUACGAUGGCGUCGGUGAAAUCCAUAUGAAAAUGACAAAAAAGUAAAAUAAAAUAAAUAGCUACGCUAAAAGCAAAUACUUAAAUAAAGCUUAAACCUACAAUAAUUAUAUGUUAUGUUAACUUUAAAAGAAAAAUUUAUUAGAAUUAUUUUAAAUAAAUUAAUACAACCAUAUUAAAUAAUUAUGAUUAUUAAUAGUUUUGUUCUAGUAAAACGUACAUAAAAAAAAUAUUACGCAAAUAAAUCUAAAUAACGUUGAAAGUGUUCUUCCAAGUUUUUG